AUGGCCGAUCACUGACUGUGCAUAAAUGUACAUACUGAAAACUUCAUGUACCAAACCAGCGAUAUCAACAACCAUUCGACACCAAAUAUGGCGCACCACAAGAGCAUCCUGCGCGUUCGCGGAGUCGACGUGGUCGAUGGAGACGGCCAAAGAGUUAUUCUGAAGGGGGCUGCGACUGGUGGUCAUUUGAAGUAAGUGAGCGUUGUGACUUGUUGUAGGUUGGUAUGACUUACACUGUGCUGCAGCAUGGAGAACUUCAUUACCGGGUAUCCGGGCCACGAGCAUGAGAUGCGCGCAGCACUGCUUGAAGUUCUCGGCAAGGAGAAAUAUGACUUCUUCUUCGACAAGUUCCUAAAGUACUUCUUCACCCGGGAAGACGCAAAGUUCUUUGCCAGCCUAGGUCUGAACUGUAUUCGGAUACCGAUCAACCAUCGCCACUUUAUGGACGAUCUGCAGCCCGAUGUGAUCAAGCAGGACGGCUUCCGGCUCGUGGAUCGGAUUGUGGAGGCUUGUGCUGCUGAAGGUAUUUAUACCAUUCUAGACAUGCACACGUUUCCUGGCGGGCAGAACCAAGGCUGGCAUAGUGACAGUGGCCUUCAUCGAGCCACAUUCUGGGAACAUCGUGAUUUCCAGGACCGAGCGAUUCAGCUCUGGGUUGCCAUCGCCAAGUACUACAAGGGCAAUGCUUCGAUAGCUGGUUACAAUCCUAUGAACGAACCGGCAGAUCCUGACCAUCAUAAUCUUCAAGCCUGGUACGGUCGUGUCGAGAAGGCUAUCCGCGAAGUUGAUCCGGAUCACAUACUCUGGCUGGAUGGCAACACCUAUUCCAUGGACUUCUCUGGUUUCAAGGAGGUCCUGCCCAACUGUGUGUAUGCCAUCCAUGAUUACAGCAACAUGGGCUUUCCCGGCGGGUCGUACGAGGGCACAGACGAGCAGAAGGAGAUCUUACGCAAACAAUACGAGCGCAAGGUGCAAUUCAUGAAGGACCACAAGGUGCCAAUAUGGAAUGGCGAGUUCGGACCAGUGUACGCAUCGCCAGACGAGGCGAACCACGAGCAGACGAAUCAGCAGCGGUACAACCUGCUUGGCGAGCAAAUGCGGAUAUACAAGCAGGAUCAGAUUAGCUGGUCCAUAUGGUUGUAUAAAGAUGUUGGCUUCCAAGGAAUGGUGUAUGCAGGUCCCGACACAGCGUACAUUCGUUUGCUCAAACCCUUUUUAGACAAGCAGAAACGACUGGGCUUGAAUAAGUGGGGUCGUGACGACACCCAUGUCAAACACAUAUACGAGCCUUUGGUCCAGCAUUUGAAGGAGGAGAUUCCUGAAGAGUUUCAGGGCAGACGAUACCCUCAUCAUUGGCGCCUAGAAGGUCACCUACACCGGGUCAUCCGUGAGAUGCUGUUCUCUGAGCUGCUUACUUACGAGUUUGCGAGCUACUUCAAGGGUCUGUCUUUGGAACAAUUGGACGAGCUCGCAGCAUCGUUCAAACUGGAGAACUGUGUCAAGCGUGAUGGACUCAACAAGAUCCUUCAGGCCGACGCAGGCUUAGCUUAAUGAUAGAAGCUUGUGAACGA